AUGCAAAGUUCUCUCGAAGAAGAAGCCAAAGAGGAUGAGGAUACAUACGAGAAGAUGCAAUGCUGGUGCAAAAGCAAUGGCGACGAGAAGGCUAAGAGCAUUGAAGAGGCGGAGGCCCGCAUCAAGGGUCUGGAGGCACGCACCGAGGAGCUGGCGGCCACCAGCUCUCGCCUGACGUCCGAGAUUGCCACCUCUGAGGAUGAGGUUGUCAAGAACGAAGCUGCGCUUGACACCGCUGUCACCUUGCGCAAGCAGCAGCUUGCAGAGUUUCACGAUGACGAGAAGGACUUGACACAAUCUGCAUCGUCGGUUGACAGAGCGUUGGAUGUAAUCAACGGCUCUGAAACGUCUUCCUUCCUGCAGAUGCCCCAGGCACGCCUCCUCAGUGCCCUCUCUCAGCUGCGUGCAGUGGUUUCCAAGCACGGAAAGCUCCUCACCAAGACGCAGCGCGAAAAGAUGGAUGACUUCUUGAAGAAUCCCCUGCAGACCAGGACCGCCUUCUUGCAGAAAACAUCCCCUGACACCACCGGUGGCGUUGCUGGAGUCCUCUCGGGCCUGAAGGGCAACUUCCAGACCGAGCUCGCUGAUCUCCAAUCUCAAGAGAAGGAGAACGAGAAGGCGCAUGAAGGACUGGUCAAGGCCAAAACCGAGGAGAUCGAAGCGGGAAAGAAGCAGUUGGAGGCGAAAAAAGAGCAGAAGGCAACUGCGGACCUGGAGCAUGCCCAAGCUAAGCAGGAUAUCAAGGACACCACAGCUGCCUUGGAGGCCGACGGCUCGCUGAACACAGUCGUCAAGGAGAAAUGCGCGGCUAUGGACGCAGACUACGAAAAGCGAAGCAAGCUGCGAACCGAAGAGCAGACCGCGGUUGCCAAAGCCAUUCAGGUUUUGAGCUCCGAUGAGGUUGGAAGUGACAACGAACGAGCUGCCAAAUUGAUUGCACAGGUUGGCAAGAAGCUGGAUGUGCGCUUGUCAACUUUGGCGCUCACCAUGCACUUCGACGCAAUCAGCUUGUUGUGGAAGUUGGACACCUUCGAGAAGGUCAAAAAGGCAAUUGACGAGAUGAAAGCAGACCUCAAAAAGGAGCAGGCAGCAGAAGUGAAGAAGAAGGCGCCGCGAAGCUUCAGAAGUUUCUGCAUUGCGCAACAGCCAUCACUGCCCCGCCGCGACGAUAUGACAGUUGAAUGCUGUGGAAAGGACUGGUGCACAGAGGAGUUCCAGAGGAAGAAGCUGGAAACGCAGGAGAAGACCCGUGAAGAGCAGACCAAGCUGGCCGAGAUGGAGAGCCUUCAAAGCUCAGUCUCACAACUUGGCGGCGACAUUAAGCUCCUGGAGGAUGAGGCGUGGCACAAGGUCUCCGAGAUGAACAAGCAGAUCCAGGUUGCAGGCCAAAAUCGCGAAAAGGAAAACAAGGAGUUCCAGAAGGUCGUGGCAGAGCAGCGCAAGUCCCAAAUGCUUUUGAAGGAUGCCAUGACGACCCUGAAGUCUGUCUACGCCAAGGAGGCUUCUUUCAUGCAAGAGCAAUCCAAGUCCAAGUCCAAGUCAGGGGAGUCUCAGGAACCUGAGUUCAAGGACUUCAAGCAGCAGUCAAGCAGCUACGGCGUGUUGAGCAUGUUGCAACAGCUAGUUGCCGACUCCAAGGCGAUGGAGGUUGAGGCAACUCAUGCCGAGAGCACAGCCCAGCAGGACUACGAGGCAUGUUGGGGCUUUCAAAAUCAGUCUGUUGAUGCGAAGACAAAGGACAUCACAGACAAGGAGGGAGAAAAGGGAGCUACUGAAGCUUCACUUGUGGAGGCCCGGCAGUCCAAAGCAGGACUCAGCGAUGAGCUUUCUCAGCUCGCAAUCGCCGUCGCAGAGCUGCACGACCAGUGUGACUUCCUGCUGAAGAACUUCGAUGCUAGGCAGUCAGCUCGAGAGGAUGAGAUGGAUGCCUUGCAGCAGGCAAAGUCCAUGCUGUCCGGAGACGACGACCUGUGCGGUGCUGGAAAAACCGAUGCAGAUCUGAGCUUCGCCACCGCGGAUUCAGACCCAGACGUGAACGGUAUCUCCUUCGCAUGUACCGUCACCAAGAUUGAGGUCCAGGCGCUUGAGCUGGUGUCUAGUGAUUCCUGCGCGGACCUGGCACAUCUGGCCGAGACCACCUCUGCCAUCUUUACCUGGGGCGGUGCCCAAAUUCCGCAGCCAGAGUCGUUGCCCGCGAGGAUAGUUCCAAGUGUGCUGGAUUUUGUCGACGAUGACGUAGUGCAGCGACCGUCCGCUCUAUCCUGGGCCAUGGCAUCCGCGGCCAAAGAGAGUAUGCCAAGUAUGCCACCGCCACCACCACAAAAGCGGCGCUGGGGCUCAUCGUCACUGGGCGUGGCGCUGGUCAUAGGACGCGUGGUUGGCAAAGGCAGCUCUCAAGAAGUGGUCCUGCCUGUGGCCACAGAAGUUCUUCUCGAGGAAGGGCUGGGCCACAGCUUCAUCGAGGACCUGGGUGAAGCGCAGGUCUCACGCCUGAGGGCCUUCUUGGACAACCGCUUGGCCGCUCACAAGGGCAAGCCGCCCAGCGAGCGACGUUGGGCUUCCGUCAGCCUGGAGCAGAGGAACGUGGCCUCAGGCAGCUGGCGUGCCGUGGCCACGGUUUAUUGUCCAGGCAGCAGAUGGCACUAUCAGAUGAGGCUCCGAGAGCUGCAGGGCAAAGAAGGACACGCCAAGGAUCGCAAGGAGUUCAAUCUGGUUUUCCAAAAGGUAGCCGGUGGCCAGGAUCCAGCCUGGACAGUUUCGAUUGUGCAAGAAGGGGAGAGGGUGUGGACUGAGCUUCGCAUGAACGAGGCGUUCUUUCUCGGCCACCGGGCCCGAAUGCUUCAGGGAGAGCAGCACAGCUUCAGUCGACUUUGCCGAGACUUUCGCAGAAAUGCACAAGCCCUCCAACAAGUCUUGGAUCGUCUGGACGAUUCUCGAACUGAUCCAGGUGGGAAGAAGCUCUUCUAUCCUGGCAUCUUCGACAUGUCCUCACAAGUCCAGGAAUUCUAUUCGAAACGGGCGCAGGAACAGACAGAUUUUCAAGGUGCCGAUCCUACAAGAAGAGUAAAGCGCUUCAACAACUGCAUCAAGACCAUGCUUUUGGAAGGCUUUGUGGAUGACUUGAAGGGGGAUGUGCGAAUUCUGGACUUGUGUAGCGGCCGUGGACAAGACAUUGGGAAGUACUCUCGUGAACAUCGCGCCUGUGCUGUCAAAUCUGUGGUGUGCGUCGAUUUCGCCAUCGAAGCCGUGGAAGAAGCCAGACGUCGCUAUCGUGAGCUGCAUGCUAGAAGUCAGCAACGUGGGCAGCUAGAAUUUGCGGCGUCAUUCUAUGCUGGUGACUGUCGCGACCCCACAAUCUUUGACAAGCUAGUCCAGGAUGGCCACGCUGAGUUUGACGUGGUGGUAUGCCAAUUCGCGCUCCACUAUCUCUUGGCAUCAGAGCAGGAUGCCACCACUCUGCUGCAGAGGGUGUUUGCGCUUCUUCGGCCGGGUGGCCGUUUCAUCGCAACGGUGCCUCGGUGUGAGGAGUUGGCAGACCUGUAUGAGCAGGCAACUCCAUCUACGGACAGUGCCAGGAGUCUCGAAAGAGAGCUGCAGCGCAGCUUGUUCCAUGUUCAUUUCGAAGGCGAAGCCUGGCAGGGACUGCAAGCAACAGGGGAACCAAUGGUCGUGGAUGAGGUCUUCCAGAACCGAUGGGGUUUGCCUUAUCGCUUCUGGCUGCAGGGGGCUGUUGCGGCUGAGGAGUAUCUUCUGCCUUGGGAAGCUUUCGAGCUGCUUGCGGUAUCUCUUGGUUUCAGGUUAGUGGCGGAUGCGGCGUUUCCAGAAAUCUUUCAGACAUUUAAGCAAAGAUCGCGCUUCUUCAAGACAUUCUUUUCUAGAGAGAGAGAAAACGCAAGCAUGAACCGCCAUGAAGAAGAGGUCUUCAAUCUGUACAGUGCCUUCGUGCUGGAACGUCCAUGCGAUCCCAGCGCGGAAAAAGAUGGUGGUGCAGAGCAUGACGCGUCCUCGUUCAUCCUCGUUCUGCUUCCCAAGCACAUGGCGCAGCCUCCACCCCUGCCACCGGUGGCCUACCUCUGGGCAAAGACUGCCACUUUGAGGUCCAUGCUUGCUGAGGGCCGCAAGGAGGAUACAGCCAAAAACUAUGCGCGUAACUUCGUCCGACUUUUCGAGGAAGACCGCAAGGCUCCCAGUGAAAUGGCGUCGCAGGAGUUCUUCGACUUCACGAAGGUCAACGGAUCGGGUGUCGUCAAGAGAGCGCCCAAGAAGAAAGAGCCCGAUGCGGUGCAGAGCAAUGGCCGCUCAGAGGCAGAGAAGGCCGACAAGGCCGAGAAUACCAAGAUCCGGAAAAGGCAACAACGUGAGACUCAGAAUGAUGAGGACGGGGGCACGGCCGAAGAUGGCAGGCCCCGCAAACGUCAUCGCGAAGACCCCGGACCAGAGGAGCCUUGCGCCGAGGAUGCGACUGGGACCAACCAGGUCCAGGAGUCGGAGGUCUCUUCACAACUCGCAGGGCAGAGGAAGGUGGUCAAACUCGACAAAGCCUUCGACCUGCUUGCUGAAGCGUCACCCGGCGGUCCUGCCGCAAGGCCAAACAAGAGGCCACGGGCCGUGCUCGUGCAUGGCCGUGAUCCGUCAAAGCGAAUGACGGCACGGGUGCAUGGCAUCUACACCGAGCUGGCAGAGACGAAGGACGAACGCCCAGUCUUUGAAAAAGCAGAUCACGAGAAGAGAACAUACAUAUUCUACUAUGGAGAGAAGAAGACUUGGCGGAUGUCGGUAUCCUUGGCAUCACAGGGUGACUUUGCAAAGGUGAAGGAGCCUGCGGAGCUUCCCUGGCUGGUUUCUAGACCAUGGAAGGUUUUCAAUGGAGAGGGCAGCUACGAAGAGGACGCUACCCUCGUCUGUGAUUUCCUGGAUCCAGAGAAGCCGCUGCCAGAUGCAGAAGUUGAGGUGUGCCUGCGCAUGCCGCCUCCAGGCCAGCUGGGCACUUCAUCUUCAUCUUCUGCCCCGAGGCCGACACCUGCGACUCAGUCCUCUGCAGGUAUAAAGCCAAAUGGGCGUGUCCUGCAGAUACUUGGCCUGGACAGCUCCAUCAAAAACGCCCAGCGUGUCAUGGGUGUCUAUGCCGAACAGGUUGCCGAGCAUGGUGGACAGCCUGUCUUCAAGAAAACGGACGAGGCGAAGCCCAGCUUCCUAUAUUUCGAUACGCAGAAGGAGAGAUGGCGUAUUGCGAAAUCAAUGGAAGAGAAGGGUGACUACGCGCACGUCAAGGACAAGGGUCAGCUGCCCUGGCUGCUGAAGAAGCCUUGGAAGGUGUAUGACGGUGACAAGUAUGCGGAAGUCGCAGCACUACAAGUGCAGGAGGCCGACCCCUCCUCCAUGCCGUCGAAGGCCGAGGCUCCUGCAGCUGGAGCCAAAAAAGGCAAAAAGCAGAAGAAACGGCCUGACCAAGAGGCUAAGGCCAGCGCGGCAAGCAAAGGGUCAAAGAACGGCCGCGACAGGAAAUGGCUUGGCCAACAGAUGCAAAUGGACGAGCUGCCGCUGGAAGCAUUGAAAGAGCUCCCAAAGGACGCACCCCCUGGUCACGACGCAUGGCGAGUUGUGAAAUGGGAGCCGUCGCACAAUCGGGCUCUCUUUCAGUUCCGUGGCGCCCGCAUCCAGACCACUCAGUUCGGCUGUGGAUCCAAACACGCGGCAGAGGUGGUUGCACGGGCCUGCUACGUCAUGCUAGCAGACGGCAAGGAGAAGGACGAGGUCAUGAACUUCCGAGAUGACUGGUACCGAAGGAUGAGAGCGAUUAAGUCAGGGCAGGCAAUAGCAGCAGCAAAUGGACAUGCGGCAAGCAGCGACAUUUCUCCAAAAAAGCAGAAGGCCGGCACACCUGAGACUGCAGAGGCAAGCGCUGAGCUUGGAGAGCCAAGCGAAAGCAGAGCGCAAGCAAGCUCGCCUCCGCCAGCCUCCAGCCCUUCAAGCUCCAGCAGUGAAUCUGAAGAUUCCCCCAGCGUCGGCAAAGCCUCCGAAUCUAUGUCCCGGGAGGACGGCCCGGACGCAGGCCAGAGAGGUGUGGGCUUCCUCGACCCAGACAAUCCGCCUGGUGCCAUGGGCAGGGUCUGUGCAAAGAUGGCUGCCAGAACGGGCAUCCGCUGCUUCAAGUGCUACUUGGAGAGACACAGAUGCCAAUGCAAAGAAAGCGCCUGA